UUCGCGUUCGCGUUGACGCACCCUAACGCGACAUCACCCAUCCUUUCGACAUAAGCCGUUUGAUAGUAUAUCACACGCACAUCUAGAGUUUAAACAAAAACGCUACGGCUCAAAUUUAAAAUGAAGAAUUAAUUUUUUGAAACUGCGAACACAACGUGUGGCAUUGAAUGGAAAAUAUUCAAUAUGACUUGACGUAAAAUCAUGUGUGCCUCAAGGGACAAUCUUUGGCCCCAUACCUUUUCUGUGUUUUAUAAGUGACAUAUCCGAUGGCAUUUUUUCUAAAAUGAAACACUAUGCUAAUGAUUGUAUCUUAUACAGACCUGUUAAUUCUAUAAAGGAUUGUGUAAUUUCAAAAAAAUGAUCUCGACACGUUAAAGAAACGGUCAAACUAAUGGUUUCUUGAAUUCUUGAUUGGAAUAUGCUUUCUCGUAAUAGCACAUCUAACUCUACUUAGGCCCAUCUUCUUAUGUAAUUUCUAUGAUAAAAUUGUUUUACAACCUUCCAUAUCCACAAUUCCUCACAAUUAAUCUCUAAGAAUUUUGCCAUAUUAUGUACAAUUUUGUAUCAUACAAUAACUCAAAGAUUUUUCAUCAAUUCAUUUUUGUCAUUUUAUGUUAUCUUAUGUCUGGUCAGACAUUUUGUACUCAUAUUUUGUUUUUAUUAUUUUUAAUUGUUACAUAAAUCUAUAAAUGUAAUCUGUUCGUUUCUAUGGUAAUUCACAUUGUUUUAUUUUUCAAAAGUAAUCUCUUGUUUUUUCCUUGAUCAUGCUACUUCAUUAUGAUUAUAUUUUGGGAUUCAAACCUGUACAUGCUUUUAAACUUUUUUUUAUCCCUUGUCAUGUUUUAUGUUGCUUGUUUUACUUGUCUCGAUAAAUACAAAUACAAAUUUAUCUCCCUUUCCCCCCGUUUUUGCUUUUGUUUUUGUUUGUCAGCCGAUGGGGUGGGGGCACGUGCCCCUGUGCCCAUCCCCGUAGUUACGCAAAUUCCAGCAAUCAUUAAUGUAUUUAUGUUGUGUUUUUCAUUCCAUUAAACACUUAUAAUGCAAAAGGAAAAGAGGUUAAUCAACAAGAUAAUUUUUAGUUGUUCAGGUCAACAACUGAAAAGUGACCUCAGUUAUUGAGUGUUAUACCUCAGUCAUACCCAUGAAACCGGCUUCAGAUCGACCAAAUCUAUUACGUUAUUUCCAAUGACAUAAGAUCGGUCGGUCUUAAGUUGAUUUUAUCACUAUGACUGUGGUAUUAAAACUGUUUUUAAAAAAAUAAUACAUCCGUGUAUGUAGGUUGAAUCGAUUAUUUUGAAACAUGAAUACCGGAUUUUAAACUUGCUCCAAUUUCGGGUUGAUUCUCCCGCGAAAAUUAAUAAUAUUUUUGCAGGUAUUUAACAAGUGAUCGGUUGCAUAAAAUGAUGAACGAUAUACAAAAACUUUAACAGUGCAAGAGUAGAGUUGUCGUAACCUGUUGAAUACUGAAUUCUUUAAGCCCCAUAGGAUUUGUAAAUGUAUGACCUGGUUCCUGUCAGCAAUGGGUUGAAAAUGUUGAACAUUAUUUGAAAAUAUAGUUACGUUUAAGUGACAUUGAGUUGCAGUAUUUUUAAUUUUCAAGAAGUUAUUGACAAGGUUUCAACAUAUAGGAUGUGCAGAUAAAGUUUAAAUCACUUAAACACAAGUAAAGUCAGGGUUGAGUCAUAUGUUUACAUAACAAGAUUAACAUGAUUAAUGGAAAAAUAUAACAUGCAUGUGGGAUUUUGUUUCCCAUAAUUAUGUUUUUGUUAAUUGUAUCUUCAUUGUAUAAAAGAAACACACCCUCGCUUGUGUGCAGUAGUGCACAUGGUUGAAAGUAGUCUGCAGGCACAGACCCUGAUUGGAACUUUGAUCAACAAGUGUGCCUCUACGCAAAGACUAGCAUAUACAAAACUUGCCUGUGUGAAAGGGCCUUCAAUACACAAGGCAUGAACAGGCUGCAAUUCAGACCUUUACUCGAGUGAAGGGUUUGUCCAGCAGACUAGGUUGACAGUAGGAGAUGCGGUUUUUAGGACAUUGUCGUGAUAAAGGAAAGGGAUAUGCGGGUAGGUACCGUUCUCUUUUUUAUCGAAUGAUUUGACAUCAUUAUUUUGUUAACAGUCAACUACUACAUCGGCUGCUUUAUGAACUCUAUCCUAGUAAUCUAACUUCAUCAUUAGAGUUUUUAACAAAUUAAUGUGGCCUCUUUCCAUAUAUCUUGCUUUUAUCUGCAAUAAAACGUGACUCUCUGAGGACACAUACUGCUUCCGCCGCUCACGAGAUGGACGAAUUUACGUGAUAACGGUGGUGGAUUCGCUAAUUAUUGAAGUUAUUAACGUGAAUCUCGCUGAUAAUGUCCAAUUUUCCUUAUCAGUGCCAAGCCCGCAUCAUCAUCGAUUGCAUACAAAGAGCUCAAUUAACACGAGGCGUGAUAGUAUACACGUAGGCGUAAGCCCGCUUAAUCAGAGGUCUCGAUAACAGUUCUAGCGCGGCUCUAAAGAUCAGGGAAACGGUAAUAACCCGAUGAAUCGUCACAAUCUUGAUUUUUCUCGCAAUAAUGACAUCCACCUUCCGAUUUUGCACCAUGUGUGGAGACGAUGACAACGGCGACGUCGGAGGAAUUCCAACGUUUGGUAGUAAUGGUCAAACGGAAGAUGACCCAAUGAACCCCUUGGUCGUGUCCAUCAUCGAAGCACUCUUCGUACUCUUAAUCGCUGUACUCGCAGUCUUCGGUAAUGUCAUGAACAUCGUGGUAAUCGGUGGAUCAAAAUCACUCAAGAACUGUCAGGGAUAUUUUCUUCUGUCACUCGCUAUUGCCGAUUUGGGGAUGGGAAUCGUUGCUAUGAUAAGCAUAGCUCCAGCCACCUUGCACCGAUGGCCCUAUGGUGACUUCAUGUGUCAAUUUUCCUCCUAUGUAACAGAGGUUUGUACCAGGGUAUCGCUCAUAAUGAUCAUUGGCCUUAGUAUUGAACGGUACAUUGCUGUGAUCCAUCCUUUUCAGUACAACCGCAUCGUCACCAAAAACCGAGUUCUCUUUACCAUCAUAAUCACCUGGCUCUUAUGCUUAGCAUUUUUCCUUGUCCUCUUUUCGGAGGUUGGACUGGGAUACGAAUUCGAUCUGGACAAACUUGCCUGUUCCGCAGCAUAUGAAGACGCAAUGGAAUACUACAUCGCCGCUUUGGCGAUUCUCCUAGUACCAAGUUUCGCGGUGAUUACUUUCACUUCUAUAAGUGUCCAUAUUCGAGUUCUUCAAAGUUCCAAAAGGCGUCAAAUACUCUUCGGAAGGUCGACUUCUGCAAGCCCGAAGAAUGGUGAACGAUUCCCCAUGCAUUUUCGAAGGAACAUAAAAGCUUUUAAAAUGCUUGUGAUAAUCGCAGGAGUAUAUUAUAUCACAUGGUUACCCUACACAAUCAUAGCAAGUCUCGUCCUUACCACAGUAUGCCACAAAACUCUACCAAGCCUGGUUGAAUUCCUCGCCUUUUGGCUCACAGUUUCAAAUAGCGGUUUUAAUGUAUUUGUGUACUUUGCCAUGAACAGAAAGUUCCGCAACAAGGCCAAAGAUAUCUUUCAAAGGCUACGAGCUACAUUCCUUUUAUGUUGCUGUAGACACUUCUACGAAGUUUUCGAGGUGAUUCGGAGGAAUAGGGAGUAUCCAAACUCGUCUUUUCAAGGUUCGAUGGACCGAAGGUUUUACUUAGGCAUCAGGAACUCCAAAGGUGAAGUGGUGCCAACCACACUUCGCAUCAAGUCGGGUAGUUUCAGUGAUGCCACAAUGAACGCUAUAGGUGUGAUCCCAACAGAUCAGCACAUCUUCAGUUUAAGAUCACUGAAGAAGAUGAGAAGUGAACCGAUGAGAAAAAAAUCCGUCGCCAUGCCGACAAUGUCCCUGAAAAUGGAAAUGCGGAGAGAAGGAGGUCAACCAAAAUUCUUCGCUACCGAAGUAGAAGAGACUUAACCAGAAAUUUGACAUUGUUUUUUUUUAAUCAAAUAGCAUGUUUGAUUAAUAACUUGAUCUGCAUUCUUUAUACCUAAUAGACAAAAGUUACAUUUUUGUUCUUCUGUAACAAUUAAUUCUCGGCAAACGCAUUUUCGUGAAUGUAAUUAAGCAACGUAGAUGUUAUAGAACAUACAGCCUUGGUCAAACCUGAAAUACAAAUGAUAUGCAUAAUGAUGCAUUCACGCUAAGGAAUAGAUUUUACAAUAUUACAGCUAUACGUUUAAUGAGCUAACAUAAUGAACCAAUGAGUUUAUAGAUAAAUGAUAACAAAUUUAUUUCAAAAUUAGAUAAUAGAAUCACUAUUACAUGCUGGACCAUUUGUUCUUUCAAAUAUUAUGAUAUUGUAGAAAAUAGUUAUUCAAGCGUCAUUAGAAAAAGGUCUGAAUGUGUCUAAAAGGACACGUGUUUAAAUUAUACCGUUAACUGUUCCAAAAGGCAAUGAAUUAGAUAUUCCUAUAUCAAUUUGUCGAUUGUGAGAUUGCUUUAUAUUGUUGCAUUUCGAAACGUUCACUAUUCAUUUUUUUUCAAACUUUAUUUUUUUUACCCUGUAAAAUUUAGACCUUUCUUUUCAUUGAUCAUCCCUCCUGUCCCUGGUCUAACAAUAUUUUGAUUGACUAAUCGUUUCUUCAUCAUGAUUUUUUAACUCUUAAAAUACGUUGCUGUACACGUACGUGACCAAAAUAAAAAACGCGUUUAAAGGGGUGGUUUUUUUUCAGUUUUCGAUGCGGCCGCGCAUGCACUCGUUAAAAGUAUCAAAAACACAAAUUUUCGAAAAAAAAGGUGGUUUUGAAAGUCUGGUCAAUGGUCUAUCGCGGGCUCAAACGCAUUUAGUAUAUAGGUUAUGUGUUUUUAAAGCUUUUUUUAAGCCUAGCCAAUUGUGUUUAGUGUAUGUCUUUCCCCAAGCUUUUUCCUCGGGCUUUUAAAAUUAUUACCUGAUGAAUUUUGGAUGACACUUAUAGUUAUUUACAAUGUUAACAUUGGUAUUUUAACCCUAACUGCAUGCAUUACCCAUGAAUAUAGUUUUUUUUCUAUUUAAGCUUACUGAUAGCAAUAAGACAAAAAGUGUUUAGGGGUCUGCCGACAACUUGUUUAGGGGCCAAAAUGUGUAAAUUAAGCCCGCGAAAAACUUGUUUAGGAGGUUAUUUUACAAAGAG